CGGCUCCUCCGGUGGUUCCUCUGGCGGCUCCUCCGGCUGCUCAAGCGACGAGUCGAACUCGGACUCGGACUCUGGAUCUGUCUCCGGGUCCGAAAGCUGCAGUAGCAGCGGCGAUGAAUCGAGUGGCAACGGCAGCAGCAGCGACGGCGAACCGAGUUGCAGUGACAGUGAUGACACCGAAUCCGGAAGCUGCAGUAGCAGCGGCGAUGAAUCGAGUGGCAGCGGCAGCAGCAGCGACGGCGAUCCGAGUUGCAGUGACAGUGAUGACGAAUCAUCAGAUGGAACGUCAGAAAGUAGUAGCUCUAGUUGUAGCUGUUCGUCGGGUGAUUCCUCAGACCCUCGUGUUCGGACGGCAGUAAGAGAAUAUUUACGCGUAGUGAAGUGCUCGAGUCACAGUAGCUCCGAGUCCAACGAUUCGGACUGCUCAAGCAGAGUGAAGGAGCUGCUGUGCGGUGAAGGCAACAGAAUCGUGCGGAGGUCUAAACGCAUGGCAACCAACGAAAACUGGAUGCAGGAGGCGCAGAGUUUAUUCUACCCUGGGCGUAUUUAGUGUCAACGCAACCAAUAACACGUCUUGCGCUAUUUGCGCGUCUUGCGCUAAAAUAUUCGUGAUGUUUUUAUUUUACACUGAUAAUAUGUAAAUACAUCUUGUUGAUUGCAAUGGAUGAAAGUGGUAGCCCUCUCUGGCUUGUCUGCCAAUUUAUAUAUGCAAAUAAAUUGGGCCAAAAUGACAAUAUAGAAACUAGUGUAAUUGUUACGAAAUGAUUACUAUUACUGUAAUAAAAUUUAAUGAAAAC